CGCUUCACUCCCAUGUGACGUUGCAGACCAGACAAGCUGCGUUUGCUUUGAUUUGCGAUGUUGUAGCUAGCUACCACUCCGUCAAACUGAGGAGCCAACACAGUAAGCAGUAGAUAAAUGUCUUCUCCAGCUCAAGCGGACGAUGAUGAGGUGGAAGAAGUGGAGUUUGUAUCAGAGGGCCCACUCCGACCAGUAGUGGACUGUAUUGAUCUGCUGAGUGAUAGUGAGGAUGAGGGCUGUUCAUCACUGGCAGGCACAAUUGAGGAUAAAAUCAGCCGUCAUAAAGCGCAUGUCACAUCUACACUGGACAGACUUGCACACCAGGUGGCCCUCGAGAAAAAGGAGAGAUCAGAUAAAUGCAGAGCGUUCAAGGAGAAGCAAAUACUACAAAGAGCUCAUGGACAACAGGAGCUUGCUUUCAGUUCUACAAAUGGAAUUAACCAGGAAGCAAAACACUGUGUAGACAUGUGGUUAAAGAUGCCAGGUCCUAAACCUGGAGUGAUCAAUGCUGGUUUUGGAAGAAGACACAGACCUGCUUCUUUCCCUCCAAAUAUUUCAACUAGACACACCUGUCCAGUGAUCAACUGUGGUCGAGUUUAUGACAAUGCGUCCCUCCUCGAUGGCCAUUUAAAAAGGUUUGAUCACUCCCCUUGUGACCCCACCAUCAACCUUAAAGGAUGCCCAUCUGAGCUCUUUGCCUGUGUUGCCUGUGGUCAGCAUUUUCAGACUGAAGAAGCGUGGAGGAAACAUGUGAAAUCUAAGGUGUCCUCAUCUACUGCCGAUGGUCACAGCAUCAAUCAGAACUAUCAGCGGAUUGUGUGUUUUGCCUGUCCUGCCUGCUACUUCCUCUUCAACCUCAGAGAUGAGUGUCUUCAGCACAUGUCGGCCAAAAACCACUUCACAGAGUCACUCGCCAUGACUGAACCCAGAGGAAGAGCGCUGCCAGUUCCCAUCUCACAAUACGUUAAGAAUCGUCUCAUCACUUUGUGCAAGGAUGCAACGUUCAGUGUCCGGUGCUCUUUAUGCCACAAAGUGCUGGUGUCACAUCAGGCAGCUCAAGCUCACUUUAAUGUGCACUGCAGACAGGGCUGUGCGGUGGCAAAGGCAGAUAAAACUGUAGUGCAGGUGAUGAAACAGCUGCAGGUGCGAGGGCAGUGCUCCCUCUGCUGCGAAAUCUUCUUCAGCCAAGCUGAAAUUGAGAAACACAAAGAAUCGACCCAGCAUGAUGUGGAGGUCAACCAAACAAUGGAGAAAGCCCUGCUUCAAUACUGCAGGUUUAGUGAAAUUCAACACACCCAGAGGGAUAGAGAGGCGCGGAGGAAAAGACAAUCCGCUGGCCUUGAAGCUCCUUUUCAAAAAAGACACAAGAAGGGGAGUGAUGGUGAGGAAUUUCCAGCCAAACAGAGGAGACAGAGUGUGAAUGGUAGCCUCAGCAGAAAUUCGGUAACGGCAUGGUUCUGCGAGUGUGGCAUACAGUUCUCAGAGGAGACUGCAGCUAGUAAGCAUCUCUUGGCUGCGAACCAAAUUUUCCAUCAGUGUGGCGUGUGCGGCAAACACAUGGGAGAGUCCUCAAUUACCCGCCUGCAUAUGAGUCGCUUCCACGGGGGAGCUCAUCUCUCCAACUUCCUCUUCUACUGCCGCAAGUGCAAAGUGGAAAUGCCUCGGUAUGAAGAUAUCCUGUCACACGUAUCAGACACUCACAGCGGCCACACCUUCUUCGCCGAGCAGGAAGUGCCAGAGGAGCUCACCACAGUCAUUGAUGCCAAGCCGUCCACCAGCACAGAAGUCACCCUGCAUUCAUCCUCCAAGUCCAGAGUCCAGCAGAACACAGUAGAGACGUCCUCUGUAAAAGCAGAGCAGACUUGGAUGUGUCGUAUGUGUGAGGACAUCUUUGACUCCGAACAGGCCGUCCGCAAACACUGCAGUGAUGUGAGCAGUCACAGCUUUCAGAGAUUCAUCUGUGGACACUGCCCGCAGAAGUUCUUUAAAGAGUCCACUGUACGCAGACACUGUAUGAACGAGCAUGACGGGCAGAUACAGAGCUCCCACUUCUGCGGCCUCUGCGACAGCAUGCAGUUUGAAACCGAGGGCGAGUUCUUGGAGCACUAUAAGAGUCUUCACAGUAAGGACUACUACUGUAUGGAUGAUGCUGAAGUCGUUCAGCCUGCUGUCACUGAAAGCACCAGCGAGCCUACAUGCCCAUGCAUGGGUCCAGAAAAGAGCAACAAGGAAAUGAAAGCUACGUAUACACAAUGCAUGAGGAAUCUGUCCGCUGAGGGAAAAUGUCAGUAUGUGUGCGCUCCUUGUGACGUAUCUGUGCCCUCCUACGCACAGAUGAAGACUCACAUCCACACAAAGCAUGCAGCCUUGAACCUGGACAAGACCUUUAAUGUAGAAUGUAAAGCUUGCCAGGAGAGUUUUAUGGGUGUACCAAGUUUCCAUAAACACUAUCACUCCCUGCACUGUACAUUGGAGCCUUGCAUGAGCUCCAGGACCUGCAGGAAAGACAUGAUAGCAGAACCCACCAAUGUAAAAGUGCUCAAUGCUGUGGAGAUCAGAGCAGACACCACUGAGAUCAAAGAUGAAACACUGGUGACGUUAUUGGAGAUGGAUCAGGCCAACAAAGAGAGUGAAGCAUGUGAAAAUGAAUCAGAUGAUGAGAUGAACCAUGAACCAUCUUUGAGUGCAGAGGAAAGAGAGUCAGCAGUCUUUGCAGUGACAACAUGUUUACAUGAAUGUGGAACUUAAUGAGGAUAUACAUUUAACAACUCAAUAUAGUUGGAAGAAGCUCUUAAAAGAAGUCUUGUGGAGUUCUAAGGACGUGAUCUGAUUCGGUUUUUGUGAUGCAAUGUCAACUGAGAUGUUUUGUACCAGGUAUUUGUGUUCAGAAUAUAUUGAAUAAACAGUUGCUAUUCUAA